AACUAUGGAGGGCUUAAAAAAGGAGAUUUAUCGGCAAUGGGCAAAUUUGAAAUUUCUGUCCCCACUUUUAAGCAGCUUCCUCGGUUUGACAGCAGAGGCACUGCGAUCGACUGGGAUACUACAUUUUCAUUCAGUACAACAAUGAGUCGUGGUAGAAAUUGCUUUGUACCUGGCUGUACAAGUGGGAAUCCCAAUAAAAACAAGGCAAAUAAAGAACGGGGUGAAAGAAACCCAAGCCUUUUCAAAGCUCCUAAUGAUCCUAGCUUGCUACAGCAGUGGCAAAAGGCGAUACCCAGAUCAGACAAGACACUUAGCAGCAAAGAUGCUGUUUGUGAACUACAUUUUCUAGAUGAAGAUAUUUUGACUCAUUAUGAGAUCAAAUUAACUGACGGAACUAUCAGUAGAAUUGAGCGGGGUAGACCAUUAUUAAAGGAGGGUUCAAUUCCAAGAAUUUUUCCUAACCUGCCUUCAUAUUUCUCUAGUAAUAAAAGAAAGAGGAAACCACCAUGUGUAAGGAGUGAAGCAACUGAAAAAGUUUCUAAUUCAAAAAAAGUAAAAGGUCUGCCUAUUAAUCAUGUUGAAAAUCAAACUUCAGAACCUAACUUUGAGAAUGAGAAUGAAAUUCUUCGUGAUAUUACUAAUGUGCCAGUUGAUGUUACAGACAGUAGAGUUACUAUGUUCACAAAUUUGAAAAAUAGUUUGCAUAUGUCAGAUUGUAAAUUUAUUAUAAAAAUUAUUUAGAUUUUGACUAGCCGUCGCAAGACGCUUUUUCAUUGAGGAAUAAUAAGAAAUAAUUUGAAAAUUAUUGUAUUGUGGUUGAUACUUUUGAUUGUGUAUAUAAACCAUUUAGAAU